GUUAAGCCAACGCGGAAGCGGAAGUUCCCCUCGCAGGGGUUUGUGGGACGCCGGGGAGCGGGGCGGACGUUCUGUUUUCUUGUGGGUCCGACGUAGCCGGCGGCGGCGGCGGGUUGGAGGCCAGAGACCGAGGUGGCGGAAUAACAUCAUCUAGUUGAGGAUACGGAAUUCUUCUUCAAAGCUGGACUGCUGCAGUAUAACUGUUGCUAGUUGGCACUCUAGUAAUUCUGCUCAUGUUAACACUGGGUGACGACAUAACUUCCACAGUGCUUCCUCCUGAAGCCUAGCUUUCUGUUGAGCCAUUGAGUACCAAACCACACUUAUUCAUAUCAUCAGCUUUUCAGUUUCCCUGUGGAUAUAAUUGUACUGCUUAUGACUGUAGUAUUUAAGUUGUGGAACUGAAUUCAUAUAUUGUGAUGGUUAGAAAACAGUUUAUAAUGGCAAUGCUGUUAAUUUUAAAUUUCCUAAUUGACUCUCGUGCCAAGAAUCAGUGGUUUUACUUGGUAAUGUUUAAAUCUCAGAACCAGUCAAUUAUUUACAGAUAAGGACCACUUUCCUGUGUUAGUGUUUCCUACAGGUUAAGUGAGUAUCCAUUUUUCUUAGUGGUUUUAUACUUCUUUUUCUGUGCUAUGGCGGCUGCUACAAUAGUUCAUGAUGCAUCAGAAGCAGUAGAGCUCUGUGCUUCCUAUGGCUUAUACCUUAAACCCAUUACAAAAAUGUCUAUCAGCGUGGCACUUCCUCAGCUCAAGCAACCAGGAAAAUCCAUUUCCAACUGGGAAGUGAUGGAAAGACUAAAGGGAAUGGUGCAAACUCAUCAGUUUUCCACACUACGGAUUUCCAAAAGCACCAUGGAUUUCAUCCGUUUUGAAGGAGAAGUUGAAAACAAGAGUUUGGUUAAGUCCUUUCUAGCAUGCCUUGAUGGAAAAACAAUAAAACUUAGUGGUUUCUCUGACAUUUUAAAAGUUCGUGCUGCAGAAUAUAAAAUUGACUUUCCUACUAGACAUGACUGGGACUCCUUUUUCCGUGAUGCCAAAGAUAUGAACGAAACUUUGCCAGGGGAGAGACCAGACACCAUUCACUUAGAAGGGUUACCUUGCAAAUGGUUUGCACUGAAGGACUCUGGCUCAGAAAAACCAAGUGAAGAAGUCCUUAUAAAAGUAUUUAAGAAAUUUGGGGAAAUACGUAAUGUGGACAUACCCAUGCUGGACCCAUAUAGAGAAGAAAUGACUGGUAGAAACUUUCACACCUUCAGUUUUGGAGGUCAUUUGAAUUUUGAAGCUUACGUUCAAUAUCAUGAGUAUGCAGGUUUCAUCAAGGCCAUGAAUGCCCUGCGAGGGAUGAAACUGAUGUACAAGGGUGAUGAUGGCAAAGCAGUGGCUUGCAAUGUAAAGUGGAGUACCAGAAUCGAUGGGAGAGCAAUCGGCUGUCAAUUUAGCGAGUCUUCACUAGACCUGCUAAAUGGACCCCCGGUGGAUCAGUUGCUGCAUGUCGAUACCCCUGUUUCCUUUGACUCAACAAAACACCUGAGUGAUGUAUCAAUUAAGAAACGGCAGCUUGAACGUCAAAAGCUUCAAGAGCUUGAACAACAAAGAGAAGAACAAAAACGCAGAGAGAAAGAAGCAGAAGAGAAAAAAAAGGAGGAGGAAAGGAAACAGAAGGAACUUGAAGAACUUGAGAGAGAGAGAAAAAGACAAGAGAAGUUACGCAAAAGAGAACAGAAACAGAAGGAUCGUGAAGCUCGUAGAAACAAAAAGAAACUUGAAAAAAUGCAAGCAGAAGAGCAGAAAAAACUGCAAGAGAAAAUAAGACUAGAAGAGAGAAAGCUCCUGUUGGCACAAAGAAAUCUUCAGUCCAUUAGACUAAUUGCCGAACUGCUUAGCAGAGCAAAGGCAGUAAAGCUUCUGGAGCAGGAACAUAAUGAAGAAAGAGUCCGUCUUCAGGAGUUGGAGGAGAGACGAAGGCUGCAAGAGGCUGAACUCAGACGUGUAGAGGAGGAAAAAGAGAGAGCACUUGGACUGCAAAGAAAAGAGAAGGAGCUAAGGGAGAAGCUAUUAAGCAAUCUCCUGAGCAAGAAAACAGAUGACACACAUCAGAGUAAGGAGGAAACUAAGGUAUCUCAGUCUGGCCUAUUGAAAACUGUUGUGGGUGGUCCACAGAUUGUGUCAUCCAGCUGUAUAACAUCUACCUCGGUACAGUCCAUUAUGGGUAAACCAAAUCAGGUCUAUCAGAGGGAAGUAAUAUCCAAUGAAAGUGUGAACUCUCAAUCCAAGUAUUUAAAUGGAAACCUUCACAAGGAAGCUAAUGUUAAGGAAAGCAAGACACUUAAUUUCAAUAGCACAGACAGUUGUUCUGAUAAAAGGAGUUCAGGUGUGCUUUCUUGUAUUCCUGCCAAUAACCAGCAACACAAGAGUACGCCGAGCUAUGACCAGAAUGCGUGCAAGAAGGACUUAUCCUCUGAGCAAGGCAAAUGUAACAGAGAGCCAAGUAAGGGGAGGAGCCAUUCAUGUAGUGACACAAGUGUUGAUAAUAGCAAAGAUAAAAAGGAAAGGAGCAAACACAGAAGAGACUUGAGUAGUCAAGAUGAAAAAUAUAUGAAAGAAAGAAGACUCCAUAAAUACCCUAGCAAAAGUCGCAGCCCUCAGCGAAGAAGCUUAAGCCCAGAUCGCACCCAGCAUAAGAGGGCCUUGAGUACUGAGAGUAGACAAGAUAAGAAAGAGAGAAGUCAUGGUCACAAAAGCUUGAGCAAGAAACGAAAGCACCGAAAGAGAUCAUUGAAUAAGCAAAGAAGUCCUUGGAGUAGGUAAUAAAGGAAUUUGCCUUCAAAAAAGGCUAUUACAGGACAGAUCAAGGCCAGAAAGUUCUGAAGUAGAUCUCAUCUGUGUGACUACUGUGGGGAAAAAAUGAAGUUGCUGUUUGGUGAAUCUAGUUCAUGGAACCAAGAUACGGAUAACUAGAUUUUGAUGUUUAUGAUCUGUUUUGUCUCCUUUUUUAUAUUACGACAGUGCUCUAGAUUUAACCAACCUAACUUGGUUUUCAUUAGUUUCCAUUUUCUAAAUCUUUUGAUUAGAUCGCUUAGUUUCUAAUGUCUGCAAUCAUAACAUCCUCUGAAUUAGGAGAGAUAUAGGUGUCAGUUAUCAGGAUUCCAGUCUUGGCAAGUUAUUGUGUACAAAAUAUUUGAUUACAAACCUUUCCUUAUGCACUCAAUGAAAAAACAUGUAGCAAAGCAGAAUUUUUGCUAAUUGAGCCAGGGGGCAGUAUUUUUUUAUGAAAUUUGGAAGUGACCAUAAUAUUUACAGAAUAUCUUUUAAACUGUGCUGCAAUGCCUCCAUUGUUUUUUGAGGUGUAUUUACUUUGUGGAAAACCAUAAGGCCCAAAUGAUCAUGGCAUCUAAUGCCACUUAUACAUUUCAGAAUUCUUUUCUAUUUCAGAAUAGGUGCACUGUUAUGCUUUUAGAACACCAGGAAAUAUUCAAAAAUGGCCAGAAAGCUGCUCUGUCAUGUCUUUAAAAUGUUUUGGCUGUUUCUAAUUAUUUAAAAUGGUAUGGAAACAGUUAAAUUUAUGUUUCAAGUACAUACAGAUGUGUUGUUUUUUGAAAAGGGGCCUUCUUGCUAAAUUAUAUUUUACUUGCAAUGUUCAGAUUCAAGGAUGCAAUUUAUCUAGUGAAAUAAUUUUUUAUAACAUUUUGCUUCUAAAACUGAAGCUCAGGAAUCUUAAAACAGCUUGUAACAUGAAGGUGAAAGAACAGUUUAGUUUUCAUUUUUAUGAUAAACUUGAAAAAUCUAUUUCCAGAGAACCCAAAUUGCUGUUUUCAUAUGUCAGUACAUUAAAAAUUUGCAAAAGUA